AUGGCUACGAAUCUCGAUUACCCCAGCAAUUGUGCUACCAACGUUUAUACUCUUAAUGACUUCGGCGAGAUCGCAUAUAUUGUAUGUACAGUCGCAACUCCGCCCUCACAAGACCCGGCAGCAUUUGUAUCAACGCCAGAAGCCACCUUAGCACGGCUACGGAAGACGGAACGUCAAUUUAGAGAAGUCUCUAUUCUCGCAGCCCUUGACGUUGAUAAUCGUCAGCUCUUUACCUUCUAUAAAAAGGUCGAAAUUACCAACGCCAAAGACCAGAAGACCUUGCUGACAAAGUUCGGCUAUGUUCUUCGUAGCAAUACCUGUACAAUUGCAUAUAAAACGGCAGCGCGCUUGCCAGAUUUGAUGAAACCAGAUCAAGCACGACUGUACCGCUUGUUCACUAUUGCCAUCAUCUCGAGCAUCAAAGUCCUUCCCAAUGGUGAUACGGCUGUGCAGCAGUUCGAUCCAAAGCUUUAUGUCGCCAGGCGGGAUGUGUCCGAGUCUGAAGUUGAUCGCUUUGGGCCUAAAAAUAUCUGGAGUCUUUACAGAAUAGAUCUACAAAUCAUUCCGACUGGCCAGAUCAUUCUGACCAUUGUCAAGGACCGAGAGCAUGCAUUUCGUCGGGUUCUCGAUGUUGGACAAGAUUUUGAUCUGAGACGGAGCGCAGCUCCAGGCGGCUAUCCUGUCUAUUUGGCCCCGCUGGGGCGUGUGGCUCGCCUGGUGAACAACACAAAUGGCGCUACCUUGACGACCAACGACUACGAUGAAGGACAGGAUAUCAUUCCUAGUCAUGACGUAGAACAAGAGAAGGAAUUAUGGAGAGAGGUUCUACCGGCAUGGCUAAGUGAGCAUGCAGAUAUAAGUCUCGACAGUGGAACAAUUACGUGGGUAGAAGUACAAGUUGCAGUUUACGACGCCGAGCAGCCUCCAGCCGACAACACCAGUGUUUCAACGACACCGAGCGGAAUGUUAGGGCCAGUCUCGUGGAAGACCCUAUUAUGGCCCUCUAGUCUCUGCUUUGUUCCUGACAAUGAACGCCCUGGGCUGCCUGAACAGGUGGGUGGCAUUCAGGAUCCUAUACGAUUUGUUCGAGAGUGGCUCAUUGGAACUUCCAACGAUAAUUCCAACGCUCACGACCAGAGCCACAUGGCCAACCUAGCUGAUGACGAUGAUGACGACGAGCCGCUUUUUGCAGAAACAGGCACAUUUGACGAUCCGGAACAUUUCCAGCCUUUUGGGCCACCAGCCUUUCCCGCCAGUCAAACUGUAUAUCCAACUCCUCCAGACGCCAUCAUGACACAUAGCGUUCCUGGACUCUCUUCCGUGGACGGAAUCGCAAUGACUCCGGCGAAUCUGCCGGGAAAAUCUUCUGAUUCUGUACGACGAUCUGACAUGGAGAUGCAUGACUUUGAUGGAAUGAAUAACGACAGCGCCAUGAGUGGAUAUUAUGACGAAGACCUCUUUGACGAAAUGCCAGAGGAUCAAUUUGGACCCGGAAACCCAGCCGACGAACCGAAUUGGGAUUUCUUUGAUCGCCCUGGUGCCAAUAUCAAAGCCAUAUCAGCAACAAUGACCGACCCAGCGGAUGUGGGUGUGAAGGACGUCGACACUAUCAUGAAUGAUAUACGUGGCGAUGCUGGCACUAAAGCGCCAUCACACGAGAAUGGAAUCGACGCAAAUCACGUGGAACAGUCCGCAGAAGUGAUUUUGCCUUCAGAAAUUAUUCAUCACCAGGAGUCGGCAGGUCCGGUUGACCAUGCUGAGGUCUCUGGGUCGCGUAAAACUGGCAAGAUUGAGCGCGGUAAUCCACAGACAACACAGGGUGUAGCCUUGGAUGGUGGAGAGCAGUCGUCUAAAAGAACGGGCCCCCGUCGUCGGUCGAGCAUCUACGAAAGUGUCCAGCGAUCUGGUAGACCAUCUUGGCGGGAUUACAAGUACACAGCCAACGGCGGAUUCUGGUUCGACCCCGAUCCGAUAGCUUUCUCCCCCAACUCUUCCCUGAACCUUUCAUCGGUUAUAAGGCACUCGGCAUCAAGCUCAUCCAAUGACGGUGAAUCAAGUGAUGAAGAUUUUUCUUCGCCAUAUCGAACAUCCAAUGGCAAGAAGGCACUCGUUCCUUCAUGUGCAUGGACGGAGUACCACCCAGGAUCUCCGGCGACUGUCACCCAUCAAAGCGAGUUUGAUAAGGCUGCUGCCGAGGCAGACAUCAAGCAGCUUCUCGCAGCUCUGAAACCUGUUGCAAUACAACCUACACCUAUCGUCGAUUUCCCUGUGCUGGAUCGUGCCCUUCAAACUGACGAGAUUGUCGAUCGGAACUUUCUGCAAGUCGCACAGAUCUUUGUGGAUCAGGUCUCGCAGACUUCCUUAGUUCCUCAUGCAGAUCAAGAGUACAAGCACAAAACACUGACUGACGACCAUUUCGACAUUAUCGCCGAUCUGGGGGGGCUCGGUAGUGCUUCAAGCCCACUUACGCUGUCUCAACUAAUCUCCUUGAAAGCAGACACUCCCAAUGUGAGACCGCAAGGAAAGAUUUCAAAGUUGCAACCAAGCCAGGUUUGCAUGAAACGCGCCGAGCAGCCACUUGUUGCUUCUUUGCCUAUUUUGAGUUUCUGGGAUACCCUGAACCUACAACCUGCUCACGGCCUCAAAAACGCCAUAGCCUUCUGCAUCCAUCCCGAAGGCGAAGAGGUGGCUGACGGUUGCUCAAAUCUCCUACAGAGGAUGUCAGAUACAUAUAAUAGCUGCGCAUUAGGAUUACAUUCCGUCGGUCGGCUCAACAACGAAGCCGAUGACGGGAGAAUUUCGUACAAUACCACAGCAGAAGCGUCGUCGACUGUCCGUCAGGUGUGUCAAAGGAUGGGGAGCAUGCUAGCCACAGCUAGUGAUCUGUCUGGCACGGUUCUCAUAUAUAUGGUCAGUGAGGACGACAGUCCAGCCGCAUAUCUUGAAAUGUGCAAGGCGUUCAAUUGCCUCUUCGAAUCAUUUGCAACCAAUGCAGACAAAAAGAACAUCACCGACAUGGCAUUGCAAAUCAUCCCUCGAAGAUUCGUGGCCAGUCCGGAGUCGCUAGUUGUUCCCUCUCAACAAGCAUACCUGAAGCUGGCUCUCGAGGUCUACAAUCGACUACCACCAAUCGAAGAAAGUCGCUCACCAGCUGCAAGCGACGCCGCGAUUACGUUGGCAAAGGCGGAAAAUCCUGUCCAUCUCCAACUUGCCUCGACUUUUGCUUCUCCACUAUCGAACAAUGGUGAUUAUCUUCACCUUGCAUACUCAGCCACGCCCGAUGGCCGGUGGAUUACGGCGGCAUGGGCAGAUGAACUAGGAUAUGUAUCUCUCAGCAUGUCCUACUGCACGCGCUGUAAGGACUCUAUCCAGGGUCGACCGCGACAAGAGGUCUUUAGGGAAAUGUGGCUCGUGUCUCAUGAUCUGAUGAGCAAAAACAGAAGACUAUGGCGCCUUGGAAUCAUAAAACAUGGCUUCUAUGCCCCUGCGGAGCUUCAGGAGUGGCGUCAGAUAUUUGAGAGCGCCACAGCAGUCCAGAAAAGGUGUUCGCCCAUGCUCCUCGCAGCGAGUCCUGAACCGGAGCUGAAGGUCUUCCCACAUACGGUCGCUGGCAAGUUGGUGCAGGCAGGGCAAAACAUCUUUGGCACUCCUGUAUCAACCCCACAAGCAGGAGUGACGUCGCCUGAUCAACAUAUCCCGGCGACGCCUACUCCUAGUGGUUCUGCCCUGAUCAACGCUCCAACUCCUCCAGAGCCUAGUUUGGAUCCCAACGUCGAAGUUGACUUAACUCUACUCGAUCCUGCCGAGGAGAGCUGGGGAAUCCUCCUACCCUAUGGACUGAAUCAAUCAAAGAGCAUUAUGGACAUAAGACCAGCUCUAGUGAGCGCGGUAUUGCUAAAGCGAAGAGGCGCAAAGGUUGAAGAGGGCUUCAUUUCCCUCGAAGUUAGUCUUGUGUAUUUGCCGCCUCCAGUAUCGGGUGGGCUAGGUCAGGCCGCGCCGGACGAUUUGUUGGAGGACAUCAUCAAGCAAUACCGUGGUCUUUUGACGCUGGGUGUGUCGCGAGGGUGUGUCGAUCCGUCGAAGGAAACUCUCCCAUGGCAUAUCGCAACUGUUGUCCGAGGAAGCAAAGCCCUUGCGGAGGCUAUGUAA